ACUGCCUCCGGGCUGGCGAAUGUCCCUCCCCCGUGCUGUCCCCGGGCUGGGAGCACUCCCUCCCUGUUGUCAUUGAGGAGGGGACAUCCCCCACGGCCUCCCCCGUGGUGGGAGGCAUCGAGCCGGUGUCCCCAGAGCAGCGAGUGUCCCCCCCAGUGGUGUCCCGGUGGCAGGUGUCCCCUGUGGUGCUCCCGUGGAGGUGACCGUCCCCCCCCGGUGUCCCCGGGCUGGCGUGGUGUGUGGCGGGGGGCACACGGGGCGCAGCCGGUGACUCCUGCCCUGUCCCCACAGUCCUUCCAGGGCAGCCAUGGCCGUGCCUAUCUGUUUAACUCCGUGGUGAACGUGGGCUGUGGCCCGGCCGAGCAGCGGCUGCUGCUGACGGGGCUGCACUCGGUGGCCGACAUCUUCUGCCAGAGCUGCAAGACCACCCUGGGCUGGAAAUACGAGCAGGCCUUCGAGAGCAGCCAGAAGUACAAGGAGGGGAAGUUCAUCAUCGAGAUGUCGCACAUGGUGAAGGAGAACGGCUGGGACUGAGGGGCACGGCGGGGGCAAACCCUCCCAGUGGCACCCCCAGCCAGGGGGUGUCCCCUGCUGCCCCCCUGGAGGCCGUGGUGCCCAUCACCGGUGUGAGGGGGGCUGCGGGGGCUUUUCUAGUGCAAUAAAGGCUUUUUUUUUUUAGGAA